AAGAUCCCAGUCUCUUACCUGUACGGUGCGGGAGGUGUACUGUAUUUGUACUGUAUAGGCUGUAUGACUGCUCGCUCAGUAAACACACUUCCAAACUCUGGAUAUCGAGACAAACAAUUUCAUAUUUCUUAAGCUCCUUGACACCACCAAACUCAUAUUUCGAGAUGUCUUGAACGCCGGGUCUGAUACACUACUAUGCUGAUUAAAGGAAGAGCCAGCCCUAGGACAAGCUCUCGAGUUGAUGUCCCCCAGCCGAACCUCAGCAGACCAUGCCGAGCACCACCUCCAGAAGAAAUACUGUCCUUCGAAGAUGAUGUGGUCUUCGAAUGGUCAAAGAGCAUAUCCCCAGACUUCUCAGAGUCACGAAAGGCACGGAUGCAAGCUGAAGAGCAGCGUAAGACGACAGAGAGUCUCUUCCCAGGACUUCUUUCUGAGGUCAUCGAUGAUUCUUUGUCUCAACGACCAACCUCUGGGUCAAUUUCAAAUUUUGGCUCUCCUGUAGUAUUCUCAAGUCUGUUCGACCUAAGAGGAAGUGCUGAUGAUGUCAGCACACGGAAUGCAUCGCGCUGUGAAUCAACGAGACUGUACUCUGGAGUUCGGACCUUCUUACCAGACCGAUGCCAGACUGCUCCCCUUUCCAAACAUGUUGAUGGUGAAGCUGAGAAUGGUAUGAAUGGAACCCAGGUCAUUGAUCUGGCAGCAAAACAUGAAAUACAAACACGGGAGAGGAGCAAAUCCUGUCGGUUAUACGGUGAAGGCAACAAACGGCGUCCAGAUGCUUCGCAAUCUAGAUCAGCUCGUAAGGUCCGUAAACCAAAUGAGGAGCGUUACCUCAUGCGGAGGUAUCGGGAGAGACCAUGUUCUAGAGCUGAAAGUUAUAUGAACGAAGAAAUAUUUGAAUCAACGAGUGAUUUGUCUCGAGAAUGUUGCGACGUCCUUGGCCCAAGACAUUGUUACGACUGCUCCAAGAUAACACAGAGGAACACUUUCGUUGACCGUAACACCUCUUCCUUCCCAAGCAUUCACAUGACACCAAAGAACAUGUCAACAAUCACCUUAGUUCAGAGACUCUUCCCAGAGUUGAGCCAAUUGGAUAUCCUAGAAGGAGUAGCUGAUGGAUAUAUAUCAUCUCGAUCGUUUUCUCGUGAUAGACUUCUUGAACUUUGCGAGCGAAAGAAGGCUGAUGCUCGGAGGAAAGAGGUUAGGGAAAAGUGGAAGGGCGCUGCCAAACGAAGAAUAAGUGCGUUCUCUAUUCCAGACAAGCUUCACUUCUUCAGUAACUUCACUGAUUUGAGAGCUCAGAUACUAAAACAGCGGGGGAGCUACACGGGUAUGAAAGAUCUUGUGUCUCCCGUUAAUAGUCUUAACACUAUGCCACCUCCAACCGAAAUCGAACUCAUCAUCAGGAAAGAGGAGGACCGAGAAAAUCCUGCGAAUUACUUCUGCCCACCACUCAUGACGCGCGAGGAAAUCCAACGACAGAAGAGUCAACCGCGAUUUUACGCAGGAGCGAAGCAAGAGUACAAACUUCCCGACGCUCCCCCUCUCACAGACAUUCUCCAGAAAUCAAGUAUGACAAUACGAGACUUGGAUGCCGAAGGAACUGUCAAACCCAAAGUAGAGAGAACAAAACCUAGUAGCCCACGCAUUUGCGGAAUGGGUGAUCCCAAAAGAAAGAUUCCGAAAGUUGGCUCCUUUGGUGGCAGCAGUGGGAUGUUAAGUAAGACACCCGGGAGAUCGCGGCCUCCAAGGAUUGGGCGACCGGAAGUGGGCGGAGGUCUUGCAUCUCUCGCGGCAUCAUCGUCAUCAUUCACAAGACCGCUGCAGAUGGAGACGCUGGCUGAGGACGGCAGCCAGAGUGAGCGGGAGGAUGUGAUGGAGGAAGAGGAAGAAGAUGAUGAGGCUGGUAGAAAUGAGAAGGAGAAAGGGGGAAACCCCCUUAGCUUUGGACAACGGCCUCAUCCUCGCAUGAAAUCUCAUCAUAACACAGGGUACAACCGAAGUAGUUUUGGCGAUUUAAACGUUGAGGAAGAGGAGGAGGAUGAAAGCGAUAACAUUGAUGGUCAAUAUGAAAUGAGGAUUGAUGAGGCAGAGGAAGAGGCUGACGAAGAUGACGAAAACGAGGAAGACGCACUUGGAGAUAUUACACAUGGGACGAGGAACCUACAAUUAAGUAGCAAAAAUGGAUUUGGUAACGAGGGUAGACAACAUGAUGAAACAGGGGAGCUUUACCAGACAUCAAAAAUGACUGGCAUUGAAAGGCAUCAAGAAAAGGAAGAUGAGGAUGACUUUGAAGUAGGUUCACUAGAUGGUGUCUCGCUGUCAGAAGAUGAAGUUGAAGAACUUUGAGCUUAUCAUCUGAACCUUACAUUUCAACGGAUGUUCCAUACUUAGUUAUUUAAUUUGUCCGUUUGCAUUUGGAAAUGUUUACUCUAUCAACUUUGGAAAGUCGUGUGAACUUUUGAUGAGAAAUAUCCUACAGUCAUACUACAUGCCGACUGUAUGCCAUUCAAAAUAGGCUUUCAACCCCCUGUGGGUCAUUUACUGUACCAUGAUAUCACUUGCAGGGUUAACGCACGAAGUGUGUCGUGUGGUGAAAUCACAGUUUUUUUUUUCUUGCCAAGCGCGGAUAAUUCAUAAGAACUAGAUGUUUCAGGGGGUGUUGCAAGAAAACAUCUGCAAAUAUUAUGUUGUUCAGAAGAACAGCCGUUAGGCUGAAGAGGGCUAUCCAGCCCAUGUGUUGGAAAAUGAAUAAAUA